AUGACCCCGGACGAGACACCCGCGCGGAAACUGCGCAAGGUGACUCGCGCGUGUGAUAGCUGCAAGGCAAAGAAGAAAGCCUGCACGGGCAAUAUCCCUUGUGGGCCAUGCUCCCGGCGACAUCUCGAAUGUACCUAUGAUACUGCUUAUAAUCGUGGUGUCGCUGCAAGUCCUCCCCCUUCUGACUCGAGACCAUCGCAUUCCACCCAGGAGCAUACUAUAUCUUACAGCAACGACCAUGUCUCCUCCACAGCUUCAAUCACUCCCAAGGGGACUGCACCGGCUAUUUGGGAUUGUCCCUCAAGCCCCGUGGCUUCUACGCCCUCCCUGUCGGAACGGGGCGAGGAACCCCCAUUCGAUGGCCCGGAUCGACGAGGGGACGCCCAUGUUGCUGGUCAAUAUUGGGGACCCACUUCAGCGCAUUCUUUUCUAGGGAGGGUGGUGCAGGACUUGGAUACUAGCAGCUCGAGGUCGAUCCCGCCCAAUCGUGAUCAGACCCAGUCGUCAACCGUGUCCAUUUUCUCCUUCGGGGACCGCAUCGUCCCUGAAGUCCGGUUGACCGAUUUCCGAUGGCCCAAUCGGGCUACUGCCGAUCGCUUGGUUUUUCGAUAUUUUGAAUUCGCAGCUCCCACGUAUCGGAUACUUCAUCAACCCACCAUCAAAGAUCUAGUUGAUCGUCUGUAUCGCGACGAGCCGCGAGAUCAAUUAGGGUCCUCCCUUGGCAGGGACUCACUUGACUCAGCACCCGAGGCCAUUUUGCUGAUGGUAUUCACCACUGCAAACAUGUUCCAGGCAGAUGAGGAUGGUCGAAUAAAGGACGCGGACGCACACGGCUGGGAAACGAGCGAGCUCUAUUAUACCCAAGCAGACCACUUGCUCUCGCGCGAAGCGGGUGAGCCCAGUCUAGCCUCCGUGCAGGCUCGUUUCCUGAUGGUUUUAUACCUCUUAUGCACGUCAAGAGCACGCAAAGCGUGGUUUACUUUCGGAACAACAGUCCAGCUGAUGAUGGCGCUUGGUAUGCACACCAAACGAUCGCGGAGGCUGGCUGAGAAAGAGAAUCAAGUGCACAAGGAAUGUCGAUGCAGGGUCGUCUGGUGCUCUUAUACACUCGAUAAGUAUUUGAGUGUUAUCUUGGGCCGCCCUCGCCUCUGGCAAGACGAGGAUAUAGAUGAAGACUUACCGACACGGAUCAACGAUCAUGAUCUUAUGAGCCACGAAUCACGAACAUCUAAGCGGGAUUGCUUGAUGGAUGCUCCAAUAUUUCAUACUUUGCUUGCCCGGAUUCUUACUCAAGCGGCCAAGGAACCAUAUGUAGUGACAGGAAUCACCAGCAGGGAGCAGAUAAACACGAUUCGAAUCUUGUGCGGACAAGUUGUUGACUGGCAGAGCAAUUUGCCCCCCUUUUUAUCGGGCGCUAUUCAACCGAGUACGCUGAUCCCGGUGUUCCGACGGCAAUUGACGGUCUUGCAAUUGGCCCGUUAUCAUGCGCUGAUGUUUAUCACACGGCCUCUACUUCUAAGAAACUACGGAGGCAUGUGGCCCGACUGCGAGCCCAGCUAUCAGCAUUACUUGAAUGUUUGUCUGGCAGCCGCACGGGAUGCCAUUGAAAUGAUCCUAUCCUUUGUCUGCGAAAACCAGUUCUUUCCCGCGUUCUGGUAUUCUCAGUACAUCGCGUUUAAUGCUUUAUCGAUCAUGUACCUUUAUCUCAUCCAAGUCCAAAGGGGUAGCAUACCUCCGGCCACCCACCGUAUUGUUUCAACUCCGGGUAGCACAUAUGAUUGCGCCCUAGAGGAACCUGCCUUAUAUCGGCUUUCGGAAACAGCACAGGAACAUCUUGCUCAUGCGACGGCUCGGAAUGCACCUUCUUGGAAAUACAGUGCAAUCCUGCAAGGCCUUCGGCGGGAACUUGCCCGACUGGGACCUUCUAUUCUUGAUCUGAAUCGCUCUCACCCAGAUGAGACGGAGAGUCAGGCUGGGAUUAACAAUCACCAGACAGAUGCUUUGAAUUUUCAUCAAAACCACCUAGGUCACCAGCAGAGUAGACUAGAUGCCGUCACUAUUGAAAACCUCACAGGAUCCCAUGCGACUGCAAAUAUGCUGCCUCGACAAAAUCCACUAGUUGAGCCAUUCACACUUGAUCCUGGCACUGAGUCUCUCUUCGAUAAUUUCGCGAUUGGGGAAGAUUUGAAUCUUGACUUCUGGCCCCAGCUAGAUAGCCUACCAAGUAAUGUUCUAGGCUACUAG